AUCAACUUUUGAAAAUCAUACCUUGAAGAACAUUCAAAGGCAAUGUCAUCCUCAAAAGAUUACAUUUAAAAUUAAAAGUAACAAUUUACCAUUUACAGUUUGGAUAGAUAUUUUUAGCUUCAAACUACCCGCGAACACAGCUGAUGUUUUCUUUUUACUGUGAAAUCGAUUAACAGAUGGCGUUAAAGUUCACUUUUUUUUGGACCUUUCUGAGUUUUCUUGACGCAAUUUGAAGAUUUCGAGGAUGACAUUUGCGUAUCGCAAUCAAAGUGAGAGUGAUUUAUUCAUACGAUUUCAUUACCGUGAAUUUUAUGAUCAUAGCAAAGCGUUACAAUAAUCACUUUAAAAUGUGAGUAACGCUCUUAUACACAUUUAAAAUGACGCAAAAGCAUUUGAAACUUCGUCCAGUUUGAUAGGUUAGUUUUACCAAGAGUAGUGCAAAAUGGAAAAACCAAGCUUCGCCGAAGACAGUAAACUUUCAUAUCUAUCACCUAAUUUAGCAGAGGCAGUGUCAAAAUUAAAUGAAAAUGCAGAUAAGAAUGAUUAUCUUUUUGCGUUUUUUAUCACAAUCAUGUCAGAAAAUGGAUAUCGUGUAGCUAGUUUAUAUAAUCCAAUAACAGGUAAAUGGAAUGAAGAAAGAAUACACAUUCCAUUGCUAAGAGACUAUAAAUUGCCAGACAUUAAUGCCUACAAAAUAGAUUUUAUAUUAUAUCACACAAAAGAAGUGACAUGCAGUAUAAUAGCUAUAAUACUUGGAGAUUGGAUGUUAAUUAAUUUAGUACCCAAAGGUACUACUACAAGGUGUAAGACACGAACCAUGUCAAUUCAAGUUCCAAAAUACGUCAAUUUAUUCAAUAGAGAUCUUGGAAUUUAUUGGCACUUGAAAGAAUUAUCAAUGAGGUUUAAAAAUGAAUUAUUUGCCCACGUCCACAGUGAAAUGAUAAUGGAACUUGGUGUUGCUAGCCCUUGUUUACAGGGCUUACCACAGGAAAUUAAAGCUCAUAUUGUUAAGAAUCUUGAUAGAAAAAGUCGUGAAAAUUUGGAGAAUUGCUCAACAGAAUUUAGUUAAAUUUUCCAAUAACAUAUAGUACUUUUAUCUACUGUUGAAAUUAGUUUUUUAUGAUUUCAAUGUUAAAAGACUGAAAUGUAAAUAUUUAUGGAAUGUUAAAUUUUCUAGAAUACUAUAAUAAGUCCUAUUAUAUUUUUACUACAAAUUUAAUGAUAGUAUAAAUAGAUGCUGUAAGUUUAUAUAAUUUUGUAUGAAUUAUUUGAAUCAUACUUAUGAUCUAAUUGAAGUAUGUAAACAUUUUUUUCA